CCAGGAGGCGGGGCUUGCCCGGGCCCUUAUUGGCUGCCCAGAGCCUCAGCCAGAAAAUAAAGCCCUGGAGCCCAGUGUCCUGCCAACCUUCUGCUCUUCCAGGACACAGACACAAUCUACCCCUCUCGCUCACUCUGUCCAGCUCGUUCUGUGCCGGCCAUGGCCACCCAGGAGACCCUGCACGUGAAGACUCCGGUGCGUGACAGCAUGGCACUGUCCAAAGUGGCCGGCACUAGCGUGUACCUAAAGAUGGACAACUCUCAACCCUCAGGCUCCUUCAAGAUCCGAGGCAUUGGCCAUCUCUGCAAGACGAGGGCAAAACAAGGCUGCAAACACUUUGUCUGCUCUUCAGCGGGCAAUGCGGGCAUGGCGACUGCCUACGCUGCCAGGAGGCUGGGCAUCCCAGCCACUAUUGUGGUCCCCUGCACCACACCUGCCCUCACCAUCGAGCGGCUCAGGAGUGAAGGAGCCACAGUUGAAGUGGUAGGAGAGAUGCUGGAUGAUGCCACCAGACUGGCCAAAGCUCUAGAAAAGAAUAACCCAGGUUGGGUGUACAUCUCCCCCUUCGAUGACCCUCUCAUCUGGGAAGGCCACACUACCAUCGUGAAGGAGCUGAAGGAGACAUUGAGUGACAAGCCUGGGGCCAUCCUGCUGUCUGUGGGCGGCGGGGGCCUGCUGUGCGGAGUGGUUCAGGGGCUACGGGAGGUGGGCUGGGAAGACGUGCCCAUCAUCGCCAUGGAGACCUUCGGUGCCCACAGCUUCCAUGCUGCUACCAAGGAAGGAAAGCUGGUCACGCUGCCCAAGAUCACCAGUGUCGCAAAGGCCUUGGGUGUGAACACUGUGGGGGCGCAGACCCUGAAGCUGUUUUACGAACACCCCAUCUUCUCUGAGGUCAUCUCAGACCAGGAGGCCGUGGCUGCCAUUGAGAAGUUUGUGGAUGACGAGAAGAUCCUGGUGGAGCCUGCGUGUGGCGCAGCGCUGGCUGCUGUGUACAGCGGCGUGGUCCGCAGGCUGCAGGCUGACGGACGGCUACAAGCCUCACUGACCUCACUGGUCGUCAUUGUGUGUGGUGGCAGCAACAUCAGCCUGGCACAGCUGCAGGCACUCAAGGUGCAGCUGGGCAUGAAUGGGCUGCCCAAGUGACAUCUGCUGCUGUCCUGGCCACCCUGAGAGGGGGACACCAGCACCCCUGAGGAGGGUAGGCAGGGGGUACAGCUGACAGUGGUCCCAUCUUCCUUUACCUGUUUAUAAUGUGUACUUUUUCAUUGUAAAUACAUAAAUAUAUAUAUUUAUAAAGCAAAGAA